AUGGCCGCGGACACAUUGCUGCCUUACCUUCCGGACCUUAUUGUUGAAAAGAUUUUCCGACUCAUUCCCACAAAACUUGCCAUACGCUCAAGCAUUGUUUCCAAACAAUGGGCAAGCGUGUGGUCUUUGGGAGUCCCCUUCUUAUAUUUCGAUGACGAGGGAGAAUCCGAUGACCGCAGGACGCUGUUGUUCAUGGACUUCGUAGAAAGCUGUUUGAAACAUUUUGAGAGAACCAAGCUGUUGGAGUUGGACAGGUUCAUGCUUCGAAUGAGAUAUGAUUGUGAACUAAUAGACUCGACAAGAAUAGACAACUGGUUUAGUUUUGUGGUUGAUAGAUGCGUCAAAGAGUUAUAUAUCAGCAUUCAAAGAAAAGAUGGCAAUGAUGAUUCUGUCGAAGCAGCAAGCACAUACUACUGCAUACCUCAUACCAUUCUUAAUGCUCAAUAUCUUACUCAUCUGAAUCUGCAGCAUGUCAAAAUAUCGGAUAGGAGUAAUGAUCUGAUAAACCUUUCGUUGUUGAAAACUAUGACUCUAUAUGCUGUGCUGUUUGAUUGCUUGGAUAUAUCACUCUGGGAGGGCUGUCCUUCCAUCGAGCAUUUGUCCCUAGUUUCGUGUUCUUUUAGCUCAUUGGGGCCUUGGGGUUGGCAAAUUGUUGUCAAUAAUUCCAGCCUUAAAUUCUUGCAGAUCAUAUAUUGCAAGUGCAAGCAUAUUAGCAUUGAAGCUGAGAAUCUUGAAUUUUUUGUAUUCAUUUCAGUAUUUCCUCAACUAGGUUCAAUCUGGUUGAGUGAUGAAUGCGUCAAGUUGAAAAAUAUCAGUGUUUAUGCUCACCAUUCGGACAAGACUAGCUUCAGAAUGCCCGAAAAAUGUCCCCAUACUUUGAAGGCCGUUAUUGAUAUUCCACAAAAUGCAGCUAUUGGGACCUCUAAAUUUGCUCAUUAG